AUGGCCACGGCUGUUCCCGCCCAAACCAUCGACGUCGAUGAACCUCUCAUAUGCUUGAUUCUCCUCAAAACUGACUCUGCUUUGCAGAGAAACACCGAUCCUAACGUAUGGGCCAUUGAAAUCAACUCCAUGCUUCACUCUUCCGCCGUCACUCUCCCCUCCGUUGAGCUUGCUCGCCGUCUAGUUUAUCAUUUCUUUUGGAACAAUCACGGUCCUACUGCUUGGAAGAUUCUAGACGCUGCUGCCUCCCGCAAUAUCGUUCCUCCUUUACUCCUCCUUGCUCUUCUGUCCACUAGGAUUGUUCAUUGUAGGAGACUUCAACCGAAAGCUUACCGACUUUACUUGGAACUCGUUAAACUACAUGCGUUCACGCUUGGUGCUCAUUUCUAUUCUGCCAACAAAGAAAAGAUUAUGGAAUCAAUUGAUGAUGUUCUUAAGCUUUCUCAAGUAUACGGCAAAAAGGUGUCUGAACCAGGAGUUGUUCUUGUUGAGUUUGUCUUCUCAAUUUUAUGGCAGUUACUUGAAGCAUCUUUAGAUGAUGAAAGGUUAUUAGAUCAUAUUCCAGAGAUUAAGCCAAGAUGGCUAAGCAAAUCAGAUGAUAUGGAUAUUGAUGAGCCUGUCAGCAACAAUAAAAUGGAUACCCAGCGGAUGGAGAGGUUGCAGAGGGGAAAUACAAUGUUGGCUAUUGAGAUCAUUGUAGAAUUUUUGCAGAAUAAAAUGACAUCAAGGCUUCUUUCCUUAGUUCAUCGAAACAUGCCAUUACACUGGGGAUAUUUCAAUUACCAAAUGCAGCUGCUUGCAUCAAACUCUUCAAUUUUGAGGAAUUCGAAACAUAAUGCAGACACCCUUUUAUCUUUUGUGGAAAAUAUCCGCAGCAAUACAAAAUUUAAGCUGGAGUCUAUUGUAGGCAUACCCUCUGGUUCUCACAUAUCUUUUGCUGGUCAAUCUUAUGGUAGUAAUUGGUUUUCAUUCUGGCUUUCUAUUGAUCUUAUACUUGAAGAUGCUUUGGAUGGAGGGCAAGUAGCAGCUUUUAGUGCUAUUGAAAUUAUCACUGGUUUGGUAAAGAUUUUACACAGUGUUAAUGACUCUAUGUGGCAGAAUACAUUUUUGGGUUUAUGGUCUGCAACGCUGCGGUUGGUUCAAAGGGAAAGAGAUUCAAAACCAGGCCCUAUACCUCGUCUUGAUACUUGCAUGUGUUUGUUAUUGAGCAUUACAACACAUGUGGUCGCAAAUAUUAUUGAAGAAGAAGAAAGUGAAUUGAUUGAAGAAGCUGAACGUGUCCCUACAAAUCAAGGAAAAUUUGAAGAGAUUCGGGGGAAGCGUCGCGGGGAAUUGAUUGCUAGUUUACAGUUAUUGGGUAAUUCUCAGUAUUUGCUUACUCCACCUCAUACUGUUCUCAUGGAAGCCAAUCAAGCUGCUGUAAAGGCUACUAAGUUUGUAUCACAAAACCCUGUGGGUAGUGGGCACUUAGAAUCAUUGACCAUGGAUGAAUUGCCUACGAACUGUUCUGGCAACUUACUACAUCUAAUUGUUGAGGCCUGUAUUGCAAGAAAUAUACUGGACACAUCGGCAUAUUAUUGGCCUGGCUAUGUGAAUCCCCGCAGCAAUCAAAUUCCUUCUAGCAUUUCUAACCAUGUGGAUGGCUGGUCUUCAUUGAUGAAGGGAUCAAAGUUAACUCCUGGAUUAGUUGAUGUCUUAACAGAAACUCCUGCUUCCAGGUAG